AUGUUGCAUCAGAUAGUUUGGCUGGCUGCUGUUACCAUUUUGGGAGUGUUGGAACAAGCCUAUUUUGCCAUGCAGGUGAUCUAUGCUCGGCGCAGGUGCAAAGUGUCUCCUCCUGGUAUAUCAGGUCCUCCAGAAUUUGAAAGAAUCUUCAGAGCCCAAGUGAAUUGCACAGAAUACUUCCCAAUAUUUCUUUCUCUGUUGUGGGUGGCUGGAAUCUUUUUCCAUCAAGCAUCGGCAGCGUUCUGUGGGUUAAUUUACCUGUAUGCUCGCUAUCAGUACUUUAGUGGAUAUGCCUGCACUGCACAAGGAAGGCUGGGUCCCAUGUACUUCAGCAGCGGAGUCCUUUGUGUUCUUUUUGGCUUAUCUGUCGUGGGGCUCUUCGUCCACUUUAUGCCACUUACAUUUUUGAGUCCUUGAAGAAAGCUUCUAAAUCAGCUGGAAAUGCCCUUCUUCCUGCAAA